UUAAAUAACUGAUCCAACAACCUAGUGAUUGUGCAUACUCAUUCCAUGGACAAAGUGCUCUCCAUCUCCUUUUCUGUUUCUGGUUUUUAAACUAUUUAAAGAGUCCAGUGAGAUUUGCAUUGUCACAUAUAAACAAUUGCCUAUCUAAUUCUUUAUCACCAUACAAAAGUCUCUACAUAAAAUUCCAUUGUCAAUACUUCUCUCUCCUCUCUUUCCUUGUGCUCUUGGAGAAAAGUUUGAUGGGGACUAAAAGAUCUUCAAGUCUCCUCUUUGUUCUUGUGAUUGCAUCAUUGCUCUUAGCCUCGUUUGCAGGACAUAGAAAACUUGUUGAUUCUCAUGUAGGAUCUGAAAUAAAGGAAUCACGUAAGAAGUCAGAAAAUUAUGAAAAUGUCUUUGUUGUUCAUCCAAGAAUUCUCACGGUGAAGACAAAUGAUUAUGGGAAUUAUGAUCCAUCUCCAUCUCUUGCCAAGCCUCCUUUCAAGCUCAUACCUAACUGAAGCUUUUUCUCUCUGGUGCCGAAUAUCUAAAUAAAUGAGAUAUUAUAUAUAACUUUUUGUGAUGAAAAACUUAGCUAGCUAGGUAUCAGAUGAUCAUCAUAUAAAUAGUUGCAUGCAGUGACAUGGUGUACAAUGUUUUGAUAUGAGAGAGUACUAGUUUCUUGUAAUAUAUACUUUCUUGCCAAAAUUGUGGUUAUUCAACUCAUGAUGGUUUGGUAUCAAACUUUCAGUAGUACGUGAUAUGUAAAUAUGAAUUUAUAAGCUUCGGUGUGUUCAUAUGUGUUAAUGGAUUAAAUGCAAGAAAAGUAUAUAUACACUUCAAA